CAGCUACCUAUGGGGAAGGGAGACAAACAAAAAGGGGCGUCUGGUGCAAAGACAGGGGGACAGAGUGACGCCGACAGAGAAAGACAAGAAAAACUAAGACAAUUGCAAGAAAGCAUUGCUCAACAGUACUCAAAAGGGAAAGCUGAACCGGAUUACUACGUGAGAAAAGUUACCCCCAAACCAGAUCCGAAGACACCAAAACCGGUUGUUCACAAGCCUAUUGCAGCGUAUAAGAACAAAACGCCUAAACCGCCGCCAAGCAAUGAGAUUCCGCUUCACGAAAAGCAAUCUAGAGAAGAGGCAAUUCGACAACUGCAGAAUAAAUUCCAAAAGAAUUACGCUAAAAAGUAUGGCGACGCAGAAUCCGAAGAUUCUGACGCACCGAACGAGGCAAAGAAAUCGGAACAGGCACCUGAAAAGGACACGCCUAUUGCCAAAAGCGACCUCCUGGCUGUGUUAGGGGCAAAGCAAACUCCUGCUCCUACAGCAUCAAGACAGGAGGAGGACAACCCGAAAAAACCAUCCCAUGCCCAGUCGGCAAAGUCCAAAAAAGACAACACGGAUGGUGCUAAAUCAAAACCUGCGAAGAAACCUCCACCUCCGGAGACGGAAUCUGAAAGUGAAGAAGAAACAAAGGCCGUAAAAAAGAAAGAGAAAGAAAAUAAAGAGAAAGAUAAGCCAACUAGCAAAGGUGUUAAUAUAAAAGAACCUCCGAGUCAGCCAAAUGAGAAUAUAGAGACGGACUCAGAUGAAAAACCAGCUCCCAAAAAAUCUACCUCGACUAAGAAAAUUACUCCAAAAAACAAGAAAUCUGACAUAGAAACAAUUUCAACUAAACCUAAAUCUAAGGAGAAAAAACGCACCAAUGAAGACACAAACGAGAAACCUCGUAAAGAUACCAAUGAAAAAGCAAGAAAACAAGAAAGUCCAGUAAAUUCAGGAUCAGAGGAGACAGAAACAGGUGAAAUAGUUAAGAAUCGGAACAAAGAGAAAGGAGUCGAUCUUGAGAGUAAAAAUAAAAAUUCUCACAAGCCCACAAAUAACGCUUCUAAGUUAGAUGAUGAACCAUCCCAACCAAAGACGAAAAGUAAAAAUAUUAAGUUUCAAAAGCUUGUAAAGAAACAAAAAGAGAUCAUACAUAAGAGUGUUAGUGAAGUUGAAAGCGAAAGCGAAAGUGAAGUGGACAAAAAAGAAUUUAAGAAGCCAAAAGAAAUAAAACACAAGAGCAUCAGUGAAAGUGAAAGCGAAAGUGAAAAUCAAAAGCUUAGAAAACCAGUUAUAUCAAAACGAGUCAAAAACGAGGCAGAAACGGAACCAGAUGAGGAAUAUGAAGAAGUCAGAAAACCAAAGAUAAACGAAAGAGGCAGGCACACCACGGAUAAGUCAAAACAUCAAAAUGUUAAGAAGAAGGAGCUUCAAGACAGGCAUCAAGACGAAAUCCGAGCCACGUGGGAGAGAAAAAGAAGUUCUAUUAAAAAAUGGAUCGAGGACGGGCUUGCUGAGCGAGAGGAACGCUUCUCAGAACCUUCUCAUCACAACACUAAGAAGCGUAGCAAAUUUCGUCACAGGAAUAAACGCCCCGCCCGAAAUAUACGGAAACCCCACACAGAAAACACGUACGAUGAAGACAGUGAAAAAGACAUGUAUCUCCAAGAUCUGGAUUCUUUUAAUGAAAAUUCAGAUGACUCAAACAGUUCUCACGGAGAUCACAAUAAGCGCAAUGUGCAUUAUCAUCUGUACGGCAAUAGACCUCAAGAGCGACAUCGCGCCUAUGACAGCGACGUGGCACGAACCCAUCGGUUUUCGCACCAUGCGUACAGCGAUGACACGUAUCAGAGGAAAAGAGCUCCCCAUCGCGUGCAGCCCCUUACCCGCCGCAAUAGAAGGAUUGCUCAUCCCCUUGACCACCAUAUUGGCCGACACUCUGCCACGGACCAAGUGCCCUAUCUAAGCCCACGUACUGACGAUACAAACGCUAAGAUCUAUCAGACUAUGUCAGAGCCGAGCUUGAGAUACAACAAAAGCGAUUUUAGUCCUUAUAAUCUCCUUCCGGGUGUCUCCAAUACCGCCCCACGGUAUGUCGUUAUGGAACAGGUACAGCAAAAUAACGGCGAGUACGUUUUUCGACCAGUUGGACCUACGAAUGAACAGACUAGAACUGACCAUCAGUUGGUUACAUAUAAUCAACUUAAUCCAAAUCGGACUCUGCCGAAUGUACUCGGACAAUCGCAGAACACGUUGCAUGAACCGCUGCCAGCUGGCUACUCUGUCUAUAACCAAAACAGCGGAAAUCUUUAUCCGCAACAGCAGCAGUCACUCUAUACACUAGCACCAGUUCAACAGCAAUCACUCAGCAACAAACAAACUGUACCAGAUUACAGUGUCAGAACAGAGCGACAGCCGGUUAUCAUGCAACUUCCAGAACACCAACCCCAAGCAAAUGGUUAUCCGCACCAAGUGCCUCAAGACCAAAGAGUUCAGCCAAUGUACGUCAUGGAUAAUGGCCAUAGCAACGAUACACGCAAUGGCAGUUCACAGCAGAAUCAGGAAAAAGUCAUUUAUGUCGAAAACGAAGGUAAAUUAUAUCCAGCGGUUCUGCUUGACCAAACGCAGAAUGCACACAAUAUGACGUCACAAGGAACCAACGCAAACGGGCAUGUGGUGACGUCACACGACAGACACCCAAACCAACCUUACUACCAGCGAGUUCAUUUUUUAGUCGAUAGCCCCUUGGUGGACUCUGUGCCAGCCACUCAAGGGGUGGAGACAAACUCUUAUGGCAUAUACUAUGACACUGCAGCCCUGCAGUCGCAGGCAGGUGUUAUACAUGUUAACAACAUAGGCGUACAAACCAACGGCGUUGACGUGCAGGUUAGCAAGCGCGAGAAAGAGCUUGGUGAAGAGACAAAGAACUUACAACACGAAGAAGUAUCCCAUAUAAUUGCGGACAAUUCUAUAGAUCAGCACAGUAAAUAUGUAGAAAAUGGGAAUUCUUUUACACAGAAAAAUGUGCAAAGUUCAAUAAUUGUAAACCAGGCUACAAUACCAGUUUCACACCAUCAAAAUUAUUUAGAGCUCAAAAGCCCCACAGCUGUACAAGAAUCUAAGUACCAUUCGCAACAGCAGCCUGCUGUUCAUUCUAGCACUCCAUCUGCCUACGCCAAAGAAGUGUCGGCUGUUUUAAAUGAGGCACAAAUUCCCCCAAGAACUUUAGAAUCUGCGAUUAUCAACACACAAAGACAGAGUAGCAUCACCUCUGUACAACACGGGGAAACACUAACACCUGGUGAUGGAACUACCAUGGGAUUAGAUGCAGUUGCACCGGGUCCAACGUCGGUAGAAAAGCAGCCGAUCAAUGUACAACGGCUUUCGUCUCAUAACCAGGGUAACUUCUUUGUUCAAAAACAGUUAACAAAUAAUUCCCCAAAUCUUUUCCAAGGUGGAUCAGGGCCAGUUGCACCAAAUGAGUCCAACCCCGUCAUUUCCACUCACAGUGGAGGCAACAUUUCGGAGCAUCUCAGUCAUAUGGGCCCUUCACCUCGCGGUGCAAAUCAAUCUUAUCCAAAAUCAGACUCAACUAUAGAACCACAACCAAUACCAGCGGUUUUACCACAGGCCUUGGCCCCUAAAAAAACUAAUCCCAUCAACAUACCAACCGUUCAAGGGAGGCCAAUUGUCGAUAGCGCACCACUAGAACAUUCUGGAAUGGAUCCUGUUCAAAAUAUAAACCCGGCAGCCAUUUCUAAGACCAAUGCCGUCGCUUCUGAGGUACCAAAGGCUGAUUUACAAUCUACAGGAAACGACGCUCGCGACCUUAAAUACCAAACUGGCGGACCAGAUGCUCUGAUUGGACAGAGUAGGGUAGAGCAGCCACGCCAUCCACACACAACAUCACCAACUAGCGUGGCCAAUAAUAAAAAAGCUGAUGGCCAAAAGUCUGAACCAAGCCAUAAGAACCAAGGUGGCAAAUCUGGCAAUGCCCCUAAAAAGGAACAAAUGUCAGCUAAACCAGAACCGCCAAAACAAACAGAUACAGAGGGCAAUAAAGCGACUGAACCUCUUCCUAGCGAAUCAGCCAUGCUUUAUUCCGACUCGUACGCAGGCUAUCCACCGGUCCCAUCGCUAGAUUCCCUUACGAACUACGCCAAGGUAUUGAGUCACGUGUCUAAGGCAAUGAAAAGUAACAGGAAAUCGAAACAAGAUAUUGCAUUGGCGCAGAAUGGCGACCGUAUUCAGCGAGAACUGUCGUUUGAGAAGAUUUAUAAGGAGAUUGAUAAAUUGAAGUAUGUCUAUGUACCUCAAAGUACUACGGAGACUCAUACGGCUUAG